AUGGUAGGAGGACCCAGAAAGCACUUGAAGAGAUUAAAUGCGCCAAGAUCGUGGAUGCUGGACAAGUUAGGAGGAGCAUUUGCCCCCCGCCCCAGAUGUGGACCACACAAACUGAGAGAGUGCCUUCCUCUGUGCUUAAUUGUACGGAGAAAGCUCGCAUUCGCCCAGAACACGCGCGAGCUCGUGCACAUCCUCAAGAACAGAAUGGUGAAGGUGGACGGAAAAGUCCGAAAGGACCCAAAGUACCCGGCCGGUGUUAUGGACGUAGUGAGCUUCCCUGCGAUCCACGAGAACUACAGGCUUCUGUACAACGUAAACCAGAAGUUCUGCCUGCAGCCCAUCACUGAGGAGGAGGCGCAGUUCAAGAUCUGCAAAGUGGUCACGAAGAGGCUCGAAAACAAGAGCAUCCUGACUCUGCACACAAACGACGGAAGAACAAUCAAGUACGCAGACCCCAGCAUAAAAAUAGGAGACUCCGUUAAGCUGGACCUGGCAACAAGCGAGGUCAGGGAGAUAUACCCGAUUGGCGUGGGAAUGACCGCAUACGCCUUCAGAGGAAAGAACUUGGGAUGCGUUGGAAUCAUCCGGGAGAUAAAGGCACACAUCAGUGGAUUCACAAUGUCGAUUCUUGAGGACCUGAACGGAAGAUCUUUCGUUACAAAAACAGAUAACUUGAUUGUCAUCGGAAGCGCAGGAGAGUCCGUGAUCUCGCUCCCCAAGGAGAAGGGAAUUCGCACAACAGCUAUGAUGCUCAGUAAUAUCGUAUACGGAGACCUCAGAGAGGAGGGAGAAGAGGCAGAGUACUCCACGGAGGAAAGCGACGAGGAAUAA